AUGUCGGAGCCCCACGACAACGCCGUCGCCAACGGCAGUCAGCCCGGAGCUGGUCAAUUGGCCACCCCACCGGAUGGCCAGGUCCUGACGGGCAAGCAGGAGCACUAUCUCAAGCGUGAACUCAUCGCCCGCCAGGUCAGCAGCGAAAUCUCCGAGCUCAAUUCCCCCACCGCACUACAGCGCUUUGGGGCACCGUUUCGGUCGGAGUUCGGCGAGGUUGCGCCUGUCGACUCGGAGCUGCCCAUCUUGCGGUAUAUCUUCGUGCACCAUGUUCGCAAUUUCCCAUUCCUCAAUCAAGCGCAAGAGAAGCAGUUCUGGCAGGAUAAGCUACAAGUGUUUCUCGAGUCCUUUGCCAACAAACAUGUCUCGUCUUCGGAGGACCGGCUGGAAGAGACGAAGCGCCGGAAACUGGCCCGCAAGUGCGAGAAGCUUGUGGAGCUGAUGAUGGUUUCUGGUGUGCCCACCGCAUCGGGAUACGAGGAGCGUAUUCAGUUCUCAGAGAUGGAGGUCGUGGACCGUGGCGCGAACGAUAAUGGACUGCUGGUCAACAUGCCCGAGGGCCAUGCGAUCAAUAGCUGGGAUGUCAACGUGGCAGCGGUGCGGGUGACGUCCGUGAAGCGGACGGUCCGCUACCAUCCUCACGCGGAAUUCAUCAUCCGAGUCCGUCGAGAGGGCAAGGGAGGCUUCCAUAUAGGCCGCAGAUACGGCGAAUUCGUCAAGCUGCAUCGCAGACUACGCACCGAGUUCCCCGGCAAGCACCUGCCACCUCUUCCGCGCAAAAACAAGUCCUCGACCACCUCCAGCUGGUUCGGGUCUGCAGACGACGACAACUCGUCAGUCUCGUCCAACUCGACACAAGAUGCCAGUUUCAUCGUUCGGUUUCGCGAAGCUCUUUUACGAUCGACCAAAUCCGCGCGUGUGUCGGCGGAGAUGGUCUCACGGGAGACGGUCUUGUACCGUGAAGAGCAGCGCGUCUCUCUCCGUGCGUUUCUGCGCACGAUUUUGCAGAACAGGCGGAUUGCCGAAUCCAAGGCAGUGGAGGACUUCUUGACUGCCAAACCUAUCACCCUGAACGAGGAGGAGUGGAUCGAUGUGCAGCGGCGGAAGGAGAUGGACGCGGUCAGGAUCGAGGAGCAGAAACGCUUCUACGAAAUUGCCAGACAACGUGCCGCCGAACUGGAUGUCUACAUGGAGAAGUUCCGGAGGGAUAUCGUCGAGAGCAAUGGGUUAACCAAGCUUUUCACCGAGAUUCGGGAAAAAUCGUGCAUUGCGGAGCUUAGCCCGCAAUAUCAGAAGUUUGCCGAAUGGUUGCGGAUUGAGGUCGCUGCCACUGUAUACCACCUGUUCCUUGCCGAAGAUAACUCGCCCGAACUGUUCGCCCAGGCCAAGCGAAUCCAUGGCCUUGUCCCUUAUACACUAAUGAAGAAUGUGAUUCGCAUCGCCAACCCUGCAGCGGUUAUGCACGGUGUUCUGGACCUCUUCCUUGCCCAGCCCUUUGGCUCGCGGUCGCUGCUGCAACGGAUCUUCUCUUUGACUCUGAACGACAGUAUCAAGGACUUCGCAAAGUCCAUCACUUCAGUGGCUGCUAAAGUUGACGACCCUGUGCUGACCCAGAAGCUCAAGAGUUUCGUGGAUGCCGAAGAGGUCGUCAAGAAUGAGAUCCGCGAAGAGGCCAAGACGGAAGACGUCGACAUCAUUGUCGCUAUUCUGCGCUCCGAGCUCAUUCAACCCGGGCUGACCCCAGAGCAAAUCGGCAAGGUGUUUAACGGCUGGGUGGCAUGGAAUCAUGCCGUCGACCAUGUCGACCUGGAGAUGCAACAGGGUGCCCAAUGGUUCGCCAACAUGAAGCAGCUCCUGAAGCUCUACACCCGCCAGCGCGACAAGGCGAUGAUGCUCAGCAUUGUUGAAGAGCCCGUCACUUUGCAGCUUUUCCGCGACCUCUUUACCAUCUUCUACGAGCCACUCGUCCGCGUGUACAAGUCCGCCAAUGUGUACAGCAGUAUCACAGACUUUGCCCUGUUUGCUGACGACGCGAUCUCUGUGAUCGAGAGUGCCCAGCGCCAAGAUGCCUCGGCCGACCCAAACCAGACAGUCCAAGCCUUCAUUGAUCUGUGCGCGCGCCACGAGGACAACUUCUACAAAUUCAUCCAUGAGGUGCAUCUUCACGACAACGGCCUCUUCCAAUCGCUCAUGUCCUGGAUCGAGGAGAUCCUCGAUUUCCUGCGCAAGGGUCCUAAGGGCGGCAAGAUGGACAUGAACGCCCUAUUCCAGGGCGCUGUGGGCGUCGGCCAGAUUGACAGGGACAUUGCGCUGGCAGAAAUCAACGCCCUGAUUAAAUGGCAGGAAGACCGCAAGAAAUGGCACCUGAACAAGACGCGGCAGAAGAUGGCUGCCGAAGGGACCACCGGCGAAGCGAUCCCGGGCACGACCACCUUCAAGGGCAGCGACUUCGGUCUUGACGAGGCCGACCUAGAAGACCUUACCAUCUCCGACGAAGCCUCUGACUCUGAAGACGAGGACGAGCAUGACGACGAACUCGACGACCCGAUUGCCGUCGAGCGCCGCCGCCGCAUCAAGAAACAGGACCAACUCCGCCGCACCGCGGGCGAGCCCGUUAAGCCAGAGGUCACCGAGGUCCUGAAACUGACGGACCCGUUCGUGGUGAUGCUGCGACAUGUGCUGGCUGAUUAG